AGAGCUGGAGAGGAGGCGAGCGGGAGCAAACCGCGGAGGACUGGACUGGCUCACUGGGACUGCGGCUGUCACUGCUCUUCGAGCAUCCCUGAGUGGGGGACUUCCUGAGUGGAGGGGCCAGGCCCUGCGGAAGUUGCGGGUGUAUCCCCAGACCCACGCCCCUUUCGAAGCGCUCGCGGAACCUCUCGCCCCGUGCGGGGGUUCGUCAUUUAGCACAAAGCACGUUUCCAAAAAAGCAGCGCUAGGGAGAGCGCCCGGGCCGCGCUUCCGCGCACAAACUCCCUCUUUCCCUUUGUUUCUGGGAGUCGACAAGCCGAUCUCUUCCCCAAGUCUGAAUUAUUCGCAAGAGGAGGGCCGCCGAGUCUAGGCUGUGAAGAUGCCCCUGGAGCUGACUCAGAGCCGGGUGCAGAAGAUCUGGAUCCCGGUGGACCACCGUCCUUCGUUGCCCAGAACCUGUGGGCCGAAGCUGACCAACUCCCCAACGGUGAUUGUCAUGGUAGGCCUCCCCGCCCGGGGUAAGACCUACAUAUCCAAGAAGCUGACUCGAUACCUCAACUGGAUUGGUGUCCCCACGAAAGUGUUCAACGUUGGAGAGUACCGCCGGGAGGCCGUGAAGCACUACAGCUCCUACAACUUCUUCCGCCCUGACAACGAGGAGGCCAUGAGAGUCCGAAAGCAGUGUGCCCUCGCUGCCUUGAGAGACGUCAAAAGUUACCUGACGAAGGAAGGGGGCCAAAUUUCGGUUUUCGAUGCCACCAAUACUACUAGAGAGAGGAGACACAUGAUCCUUAAUUUUGCCAAAGAAAAUGAUUUCAAGGUGUUUUUCAUCGAGUCAGUGUGUGAUGACCCUACUGUUGUGGCCUCCAACAUUAGGGAAGUGAAAAUCUCCAGCCCGGAUUACAAAGACUGCAACUCAGCAGAGGCCAUGGAGGACUUCUAUGAAGCCAGCUAUCAGCCCCUCGACCCCGACAAAUAUGACAGGGACCUGUCCUUGAUCAAGGUGAUCGAUGUGGGCCGGCGGUUCUUGGUGAACAGAGUUCAGGACCACAUUCAGAGCCGUAUUGUGUACUACCUGAUGAACAUCCACGUGCAGCCCCGCACCAUCUACCUGUGUCGGCACGGAGAGAGCGAGCACAACCUCCAGGGGAAGAUCGGAGGGGACUCAGGCCUGUCCGUCAGGGGCAGGAAGUUUGCCAACGCCCUGAGCAAAUUUGUGGAGGAGCAGAACCUGAAGGACCUCAAGGUGUGGGCCAGCCAGCUGAAGAGCACCAUCCAGACGGCAGAAGCCCUUCAGCUUCCCUAUGAGCAGUGGAAAGCGCUCAACGAAAUCGAUGCUGGUGUCUGUGAGGAGAUGACCUACGAGGAGAUCAAGGACACCUACCCUGAGGAGUACGCUCUGCGCGAGCAGGACAAGUACUACUACCGGUACCCCACCGGGGAGUCCUACCAGGACCUGGUCCAGCGCCUGGAGCCAGUGAUCAUGGAGCUGGAGCGGCAGGAGAAUGUGCUGGUCAUCUGCCACCAGGCCGUCCUGCGCUGCCUGCUGGCCUACUUCCUGGAUAAGAGUGCAGAGGAAAUGCCUUACCUGAGAUGCCCCCUUCACACCGUCCUGAAGCUGACGCCAGUCGCUUACGGCUGCCGCGUAGAAUCCAUCUACCUGAAUGUGGAGUCCGUGAACACACACCGGGAGAGGUCAGAGGACGCAAAGAAGGGACCUAACCCACUCAUGAGACGCAAUAGUGUCACCCCACUAGCCAGCCCCGAGCCCACCAAAAAGCCUCGCAUCAACAGCUUUGAGGAGCAUGUGGCCUCUACCUCCGCUGCCCUGCCCAACUGCCUGCCCCCGGAGGUGCCCGCGCAGCUGCCUGGACAACCUUUGCUAGGGAAAGCCUGUUUGAUGUCUGAGGGCAGUUGCUAUCCCCGUUUAGCAGACGAGGGCCCAGGUCAGCCGGCCAGUGGCAUUUCUUCUCAUGAGCAGCAGGAGCACCAAGAGGCUGGGGAGUGGGGGAACCCCUGGGAUCUUAAGGGCUGUGGUUGGAGGAUGCCCGUAAAUGUGGUUUCCCAACAAAGCGAGCAUGACGGCCCAGCCAAUGUGGUGUCCUCCAGUCCAGUCCUGGGGGCUGUAUCCUGUGCUUGGGGCCAGCCAUUCACCAUGCAUCCUUGACUUGGAAAUUUCAAAUGCACACUAACAACAAAAUGCUACCUAAAACAUGAAUGGCUCCCAGAGCAGCGUCGACUCCUCCCAGACACACUGAGGCAGACCCAUCGGUUCCAUUCCAUUUCCAUUCCCGCAGCUUAGGUAGGGCUCUUCCCUCCACCGAGGCCGACCAUGCCAACGGCUUCUCCCGGAAAGGGAUGGGCGGUGUAGAAGAAGGGUCUGCUGGUCAAAGUGAACCUCUGCUCCCAACAGCACCUGGGCGGCCAAGACCCCAGCACGCCUUUCCUGUGUGUGCACAGAAUCUAUGCUUCUGUGGCCACCCCCAUCCCAUGCUCUCCCCACUGUCCAGGCUGUGUGGCCUCACGGACCCUUCAUAAGACUUGGUGAGGACAAUGAGCUGUGGAGGAGGUGAGAAGGCCCCGAGGAGGGGACGGACGUUGGGCACCUCAUGCUGUUUUUCUGUUUCAUGUCUGUGACCUUGGCCUGGAAUGUUCCCAGCUGGGAAAAUGACAUUGGUCUCAGAAUCCUAACAUUAAAGGGGCCUAGGUCCCAGUUGCUGACAGUUCAGGGACGUAGAAAACUUUCAUAAGGCUUGUUGGGGCAUCUUUGCCUGGGAUGUUGACCUGUGAAGAAAAGAUGAGUUGCUGGGGUGGAGCCGGCCAGAGAGCCAGUCUGGAGGUGCAGACAGAAGUCCCUGAGCUGGACUCGCUCAUCAACUAAGCAGUGACCCUCUCCGUGUCCACACACCGUCCCAGGUCUGUGCUCAGCCGCUGAAGAUGUUGGACAGUCUGGCGGUGUUGGCAAGAGGAAAUGGCACCGGGGCCUCACCCUUCCCGGGAGCUGCGUGGUCCCUCUGCCGCAGGCCCGGAUCAGAGGCACCUGAGCAAGACAUGGCUUCCCUGGGGCUGCUUUGCUUUGAAAUUUUUCUGGCAGAACAUGUGACCUGAACAUCAUACCUUCCCUUCAGGAAUUUAGAUGUUUGGGUUUUGUGCCCCUGGGGGCUAGAGCUCUUGAAGAAUGUGGGGAGUCAGGCAUUCCCAUGAGAUGGGGGGCGCAGAGGAACCCCAGUAAACGGCUGGGAGCAAGCGCUCAGAUCAUUGCAAGACAGCCCCCGGGAGACAGCAUGGAGAACAAGGAUCCAGCCUCCUUCCUUCAGGACAUUCAUCACUUCCUAUGUUUCCCAGGUGGGGACAGUGGCCCAAGCCAGGCCUCACUCUGGGCCACUUCCUCCAAGAGGCUAUGUUCAUGGCCUCCCGCAGGAGUCGGCUCAUUCCCGCACGUUUUCAUGGAGCAUCUGCUGUAUGCCGAGCAUGGUGUGGGUUCCUCGGGCAAUGUCCUCUCUUGCCUUAGUGACACCUGUGACAUUUUUGGGGGGGCUCUUUCAAGCAGGAAUUGGGGAACAUGUGAUUCUAAAUACCUGUAGUUUCUAUCCUUGUUGCCUCCAAGUAGAGGGUGUCCUGAGGUCCAGAAGAAACGGUUUGGAGACAGCUUUUGUCCAAAUGACCUUUGAGGAUCUUUCUAAAAGCUGGUGCCAAAGGUCAUGUUCCUUUCCUGCCCUCUGCUUUUGAGCCUGACAUCCUCACCCUGCUUGGCCUGUGAGCUAGCUGAGAGCAGGCGUGGGCAGGCUGAGACAGAGGGAGUGGGAAGUGGAGAGAACAGCUAUUUUUACUUGAGAGGAGCUUUUAGAGAGUGUACGCUUCUCUGAUUGGGAUUACUUGGGAAGUGGAACACGCUUCAGAUACCAUACAAUAAAAUUGGAGGUUGUCACACCAAAUCACUCAACCCCUGCCCCUUACUUGGCAGUCUGCCUGAGAGGAUCUGUAUGUAACAUUCUUUACCACUGAAGAUAGGUUAUUUUCCCUCUUUCUCGCUAUCUUGUGUCCAGUUGACACAAGUGUGUGCUUGUAGGGUGGUCGUAUAUUUAGGCAGAGGGGCCUGUGGUUCUGCUCUUGAGGAAGAUGUCACUGUGUCCCACUUUCUGGAAUUCUCUUCCUGGUUGUCAGAGCUAGCUCUGGUUUUUGACUCUUACAGCCGAUUUGAGUGGGGCUGCAUGAAGGUGCACACCCUUGCCUCUGACAGCCUGAAGUAGGUACAGACAAAUGAGGCUUUGCCUCCCACAGAACAUAGUUGUAAGGGCCUGGGGUGGGGCAUAGGCAUGAAUAUGGAUGGGGAGGGAGCCUUGGGAGGAGCAGAAUGCUGCUGAGGUCACCUCUGAGGAGGUGUUGGAUGGAGGGUGUAUGGGAGCUGCAGGCACGGAGCACUUGCUACUUUAUUGCCUCUCACUCCCCCUCAACCCCACCCAAAAAAUAUCUGGGACCAAUUUUUUUAACUUUGCAUAUUUGUUUUUGGGUAGGUGUACCCCUCUCCUUUUUCUGUCCUGAGACCCUGGACAAAACUCUUCAUUUGGGGGGAGGAGAAGAACUGUUUGAACCACACCAAUGAUGAUUUCGUUUGUAAUACUUGAAAGUUAUUUUUUUAUUAUUUUGAUAGCAAAUGUGCUAUUUAUUUAUUUAAUGUGUAUAAAGGAGCUUGAACAUAGAUAAUUUCUUACAUUGGGUUGUUGUUUGUCGGUUGGUUUGGGGCCUUUUACGUGCGACUUAAGACUUCUCUGCAUUCUGUAUAUUUGUGUGAAUUAAUUAUCUGGGAUGAAGCUGUGCCGGCUUUCACACAGGGGCUGCCUUUCAGAAAUUUGUAUAUUUUGCAGUUGCCAGAACAAUAAAAUACCCAAUUGAAAUACA